CGAGCAGCCUGGCGGCCGCCGCCAAACUUUCCCCGGAGCUGCUGGCGCGGGGAGGGAGCCAUCUCUGGAGGCUGCCCUUGUGCCAAUGAGCCUUCCCAACACAUCCUCUGCCUUCGAAGACAAGAUGUGUGAGGGGAACAGGACCGCCAUGGCCAGCCCUCAGCUGCUGCCCCUGGUGGUGGUUCUAAGUAGCAUCUCCCUGAUCACAGUGGGCCUCAACCUGCUGGUGCUGUAUGCUGUGCACAGUGAACGCAAGCUGCACACAGUGGGCAACCUGUACAUUGUCAGCUUGUCGGUUGCAGACCUGAUUGUAGGGGCGGUUGUCAUGCCCAUGAACAUCCUGUAUCUCAUCAUGACCAAGUGGUCCCUGGGCCGCCCCCUCUGCCUCUUUUGGCUCUCCAUGGAUUACGUGGCUAGCACGGCAUCCAUCUUCAGUGUCUUCAUCCUGUGUAUAGAUCGCUACCGCUCUGUCCAGCAACCCCUCCGGUACCUGAGGUAUCGAACCAAGACCCGGGCAUCAGCUACCAUCCUGGGAGCCUGGUUUCUCUCCUUCCUGUGGGUUAUACCCAUUCUUGGCUGGCAUCACUUCAUGUCCCCAGCUCCAAGUCUUCAGGAAGACAAGUGUGAGACAGACUUCUACAAUGUCACUUGGUUCAAGAUCAUGACUGCCAUCAUCAACUUCUACCUCCCCACUUUGCUCAUGCUAUGGUUCUACAUGAAGAUCUACAAGGCUGUGCGGCAACACUGUCAGCACCGCCAGUUUACCAACGGGUCCCUCCCUUCCUUCUCUGAAAUCAAGCUGAAGUCAGAGGAUGCCAAGGAGGGUGCCAAGAAACCUGGGAAAGAGUCUCCCUGGGGUGUUCUGAAAAGACCAUCAAAAGACCCUAUUGGAGGAUUGGAUCAGAAGCCAACAUCUGAAGACCCCAAGAUGAACUCUCCAACUGCCUUCAGCCAAGAGGGGGAUAGGGAAGUUGCCCCACGCCACUGUUUCCAUCUUGACGUUAUGCAGACACAGACUGCGGCUGAUGGAGGCACCAGGGGCUCAGAGGCCAAUGACCAGGCUCUGAGACAGCCCAAAAUGGAUGAGCAGAUCCUGAGCACUUGUCGGCGGAUCAGUGAGACAUCAGAGGACCAGACCUUAGUAGACAGACAGUCCUUCUCCCGGACCACAGACUCAGACAACAGCAUAGAGCCAGGGCUGGGCAGAGGCAAACUGAGAAGUGAGUCUAACAGUGGCCUGGAUUACAUCAAGAUCACCUGGAAGAGGCUCCGCUCACAUUCUAGACAGUAUGUGUCUGGGUUGCACUUGAACCGAGAGCGGAAGGCAGCCAAGCAGUUGGGUUUUAUCAUGGCCGCCUUCAUCCUAUGCUGGAUCCCCUAUUUCAUCUUCUUCAUGGUCAUUGCCUUCUGCAAGAGCUGCUGCAGUGAACCCGUGCACAUGUUCACCAUUUGGCUGGGCUACAUCAACUCUACAUUGAACCCCCUCAUCUACCCCCUGUGUAACGAGAACUUCAAGAAGACGUUCAAAAAAAUCCUGCACAUUCGCUCUUAAGGGCACACCAAAAGAAUGCCACAGAGUGGGUGGAUAUGUCUGAUGUCGAAGAGGAAACCAGAGGAAGGAAGCAUGGCUGCCACUAUACCCCUGGGCAAUGGGGCGUGGAAUCUAAGGUCUUGGGCUGAGCAGUAUGGAGGCAUUCCCAGGCACUGUCAGAAAGAAAGCAGGUGGCAGAAAGAUUGUACUUGGGGUAGUAGAAUUUGGAGUAUUUGAAAGCAACCUGGGCAGAGCAUGCCUGGCCCUCAGGGACCAUGGAAAUGUCAGAUGAUUUUUGGAAGUCAAUCUCUCUGACUCAAGUGUGGACGUGUUGCUAGAGUCCUUCUGUGGGGUUAGUCUGGACUCUGAGACUUUCCGAAAGAAAAGAAAAAAAAAAAAGCUGUGUGACUACAGAGACAUGCACACAGAUGCUGUCUCCUUACAAGGGUUAUCUGGACAGGCAUGGCCACUGUCCUGCUUCUCAGAACACAGCCCUUCUGAGCCCAGCCUCUCUUAUAGCCUUGCCCAGAGCUGUCUGCCCCACCGUGGAGCCUGCCUUACCUGUGUCUUAGAGUUGCUAGGAAAUUAGGCAGCUUGUGAGUCCAUCAUUUUCAACUCCUAGUUCCUUUUGGCUCUUAAUAUGACAACAACAACAAAACUACAACACAAUGACAAAAACUCCACUCGAAAGUCAAGAGGAGGAGAAAGUAGUUUUUGAAUAGUUGUAUCUUUUAAGUUUUAAAAUUUUGAUUUCUGAAUAUCUGUAUGCAUUGCAUCUUAAGCAAAAGAAAGGCAAGAGAACGUUGUUUCUUAAAGGCUCCACCAGGGGGCUCUCACUCAAGGCCUUUGACAUGACAGAAAACACACGUAGGUUUCCUUUGCAGACAGACAAGCUGAGUAACAGCCAGGAAAACAAGGUUCGUGAGAUCAUUUGACAUUCAUGUCAGAAACUGAGAAUGAGAACCCUGUCACUGAUUUUCUCCAAAAACGAAGAAGAAGAAGAAGAAGAAGAAGAAGAAGAAGAAGAAGAAGAAGAAAUAAUAAUCCUGUCAGUUCUCACAGUGAGAAAUCCAUACUCACAGUGUUCUCCAAGAGAGGUGACAAUGACCCAAGAAGCUGGCAUGGAGCACAUCUGUGUGCACAAAGGGUGAUUCUCAGAAGGGACAAAUGUACUUUUCUAUCUGUGAGAAGGUGUGAUUUCUAAUCAUACAUGCUAAGUGUGAUUUCUAGUCACAGAUGCCUUUUAAAGUCAUGGAAGCAUCCAGUUUUAUUUAUGCCACAGUCUGGUUGAGAUUUAUAUUUUAAAAUAUAAUGUUGGAAUGUGUGUUGGAAGUAGGAACCCCUGUAAAAGCUGGUCUUUUGUGUCUGUGUUCCUGUUUGCAUGAUCUGUCCAAAUGAGAUAUUUUUGCUUACCUAAAACAUGACAUUUGGG